AUGUUGGCGAAGGCAGCUAGCUUGCUGACAGCGGCAAGCGUUGUUGCCAUGUCUUCCGCAGCGAGUCCUAUUACCCAAAAGAUCUCGAGAGAUGUGGUAGUUGUUGGCGGUGGUGCUGCCGGCGCCUAUGCUGCUGUUAGGCUCCGUGAGGAUUACGGAAAGAGCAUUGCGUUGGUUGAGAAAGAGGCACGGUUGGGUGGUGCUGUUGAUACCUGGACUGAUCCGAAGACUAACACCCCUUACGAGCUGGGUGUUGAGGCCUUCCUGGAUUAUGGCAAUGCUACGCAGUUCUUUGAGCGGUUUAAUGUACCGGUGCAUGCGUCUGAACAGGAAUUAGUGAACACCCGGUAUGCAGACUUCAGCACUGGUAACUUCGUGAACUACACGUCGCCCACAGCGGCUGAACAACUUGCUGCAUUCCAAAAGUAUGCGGAACUUGCCGAGAAAUACGAGGACAUGAUGUUGCCUGGACUGUGGAAUUUCCCCACAGCCGGCAACAUACCCGAAGAUCUGCUUCUAAACUUUGGCGAUUUCGCGAGGAAAUACGGCAUCGAAGCUGCUGUGCCUACAAUCUGGGACAUAUCGGCUGUAGCCCUUGGGCAACUGGAGACUCAGCCGACCUUCUAUGUUAUGCAGACAUUCCCAGCACCGCUUGCCCGGGUCUACACUGGCAAAGGCCGAACUCUAUAUGUGGCGUCCCACAGGAAUCAGGACAUAUACGACAGAGUGUCGGACACCCUGGGCAAGGAUGUCCUUUAUUCAAGCACUGUCGUCAACGCAACGAGAACAUCCAACGGUGUUAGCAUUAUUGCCAAAGGUGCGGACGGGCAUCAAACGGAGAUUCGCGCAAAGCGUUUGCUCAUCGCUAUCCCACCAACUGUACCCAACCUAACACCAUUCAAGCUCGACAAAAAAGAGCGCAGCGUCUUGGACAAGACGACAUACACGCAAGCCUAUGCUGGUGGAGUUGUUUCUUCGAACCUGCCUUUGAACACAACAAUCAUUAACUCGGCUUCUGCGAAUUGGCUGGAUUUCCCGGAUCUGUCGCUCCUGCAAUGGUAUAAAAACGUCGAUACUCCCGACCGCUAUCAUAAGGUCAUGAUGUUUGGAAAUGAGACCCUGAAUAGCGAUGCUUCAAAGGCGCUGGUUGAGCAAAGUUACAGACAGUUGGUCGGUGCUGGCACUCUGCCAGAAGCAAGUGGCAAGGGCCUUGAAUGGCUCCACUUUGCAGACCAUGGAUCUGUAAACAUCCGGGCCUCCCUCGAGGACUUGAAAGCUGGCUUCAUCCAGGAACUGUAUUCUCUCCAGGGCCAUUUGUCAACUUGGUACACGGGUGCAGCUUGGUCUGCGCAGUUACAUACUCCCACAUGGGCUUUCUCUGACUCGGUUAUCCCACGACUGGUAGAGGGCUUGUGA